AUGAGGACGACAUUCAUCCAUAUCCAGAAAGCGACCGUAGUCGUCCAGAUAUUGACACUUUUGCUGCCGCUGGUGGUAGCGAACACGGAAAUCGUCAACUUCGGCCUGGAUACCGGAGCAGACGACGCGCCCGUGGUAUUGCUCCCCGAAUUCGUUUCCUGGUGGCCAACUCUGCGGUUCGAAAGUAACCAAGGACUAUGGAACAUGACGCCUGCACCAGUUGGCACCCCGAUGCAUUCGGUGCGCGGGCCACCGUUCUCUGAACAAACUGGUUCAGGCGGUGGUGUUUCGUCGGAAACGACGUCCGAUUCUCCGUUUAGUGGUGGAGAGUACCAUCAAGAGCUGUGGCUCGCGCUUGAUCUUUCAGCCGAAGCUUGGAAAGGGUACACCAAGUUCACUUUACGGCUUUCAUGGCCAGCUUCUUCCCCAGCCGACUUCGACAUCAGGAUCUACGAUGGACGAAGCCUUCGUAUCGCCCUGGGGGACCGCGUAGAGCCCACGCAUGAACAAAACGUCAAAGUAUCUUCAGCAAGGGUGAGGUACGCGCGUGUUCGGGCAGUGAGCACGGGCGUAUUCACCCCAAAAUCACCAUCCUCGACUUCUUCGAAACAAAGAACAUCGGUGCCUUUCGCCCUGAUUCUCGAGCCGUUGUAUUUCGGCGUUCUUCCGAUCUCAUUGACAUCAACGCUCUUGCUCAUGGUCCCCGUGGUUGUUUCUGCCAUUAUUCUUGUGCCUAAGAUCAUCGCUCAUUUCGAUAGCAUCGUGUCUGGGGUGAGGCGGGAGCAUAGCGCGAAAAGGCAGUGA